CAUGUCGAGCAUUUUUCGGAAACUGAGUGAUAAUAAUUAAUAAUAAAUAAUGUGUCGCUUAGAAAUUAGCUAUUCAACCCAAGGCGUCAACUCAAAGAACUACUUUGUUCUUAGUAAAGCACAGCAACCGAGCACUAACACCGUCGAAGAACCGCUCGACCUGAUCAGACUCAGUCUGGACGAGAGGAUCUACGUCAAGAUGAGGAAUGACCGAGAGCUGCGAGGACGGCUGCAUGCGUAUGAUCAGCACCUGAACAUGAUUCUGGGAGAUGUGGAAGAGACGGUGACCACGGUGGAGAUUGACGAGGAGACGUAUGAAGAACUAUACAAGUCAACCAAGAGGAACAUCCCCAUGCUAUUCGUCAGAGGUGACGGCGUCGUCCUCGUAGCGCCACCCCUGCGGGUGGGCUGAAC